AUGAAUUUUGAAAUGAACUUGAGCCAAAUUCUGACAGUGGAUGUUGUUCCUCUUUGCUAUGAAUUCGUAAACAGUUCCUGUGCAAAAUUCUCUUACCCACUCCUUUUUAGAGUAUUGCUUUAUAUGCUUUUUGGCUUGGUGGUGAUUUUGACAGUAUUUGGAAACUUAUUUGUCAUCCUAAGCAUUGUUCAUUUUAAACAGCUCCACAUGCCAACAAAUUAUCUUGUUCUGUCCCUGGCUGUAACAGAUUUGUUGUUAGGAGGAUUUGUUAUGCCUCCAAAUGUAAUUCGGUCAGUGGAAAAUUGCUGGUAUUUUGGAACAUUAUUCUGUAAAAUCCACAACAGUGUUAAUAUUUCAUUGUGUACUGCAUCCAUUAUAAACCUGUGUUUCAUAUCAGUAGAUCGAUAUUAUGCUGUUUGUAAGCCCUUGUUAUAUCAGACGAUAAUUACACCUUUUGUUACUAUGAUUAUGAUUUCCAUUUGCUGGAGUGUUUCAUUUACAGUUGGAUUCGGAGGAAUAUUUUUUGGUCUUAACAUUCUGGUUACUGAAAAUUUUCAUAAUGAAAUAUUUGGCUGUGAAGGUGGUUGUGUUUUGCUCCAAAGUGCCGCCUCCAGCACGGCUUCCUCUUUGCUAGUCUUUUAUUUCCCAGGUAUCAUAAUGAUCAGCAUUUAUACAAAAAUAUUUCGUGUUGCAAAAAAACAAGCCAAAUUGAUUCAGGACUCAAAAAAUAAAGCACGGUCAAUGAUAAGCAAAGAGGAGAAAAAGGCAACUAAAACUUUGGCACUGGUUAUGGGAGUGUUUCUCUCACUUUGGACUCCAUUUUUUAUCUGCAAUAUUAUUGAUCCUUUUACUGGUUUCCUGAUUCCUCCUGGACUGUUUGAAAUGAUGGUUUGGAUUGGGUAUUCAAACUCAACCUGUAAUCCAAUUGUGUAUGCUUUUUUCUACAAGUGGUUUAGAAAAGCACUAAGAACUAUUUUAUCUGGCAAAAUAUUUUAUUCAGGUUCUUCAAGAAUGAAUCUUUUUUCACAAUGA